UCGACGCUCGUCAGUUCCACGGACGCUACCGUGGAAACAACCUCAAUCUAAUCCACAGCUGCGCCGCGCUCAAGGCCCACAUUUCUUCUUUUCAAAGGCUUUCCGUCUCCUCCUCCUCCUCCAUCAUCCAUCCAUCCGUUCAUCCGUUCAUCCACCCACCUGUGCUCCUCCGAACAUGGAGCUGAAAUAAAAUGCGAAGCCGCGGCGGAAGAAAAGGAGCAUUCAAAUUAACGAAAGACGCAGAAAAAAAAGACAGAAAAGGACGAAGGCGUAGAGCAGCAUGCCGCUGGUGAAGAGGAACAUCGAGCCGAGGCACCUGUGCCGCGGGGCGCUGCCCGAUGGAGUGACCAGUGAGCUGGAGUGUGUGACCAACAGCACGCUGGCAGCCAUCAUCAAGCAGCUGGGCAGCCUGAGUCGUCAUGCAGAGGACAUAUUUGGUGAACUCUUUAAUGAGGCCAACAGCUUCUACCUGAGGAUGAGCGGUUUACAGGAGAGAGUGGACCAGCUGGCUGUGAAAGUCACACAACUCGACUCCACUGUGGAAGAGGUCUCCCUGCAGGACAUCAACAUGAGAAAGGCCUUUAAGAGCAGUACCAUUCAGGACCAGCAGGUGGUGUCGCGAACUUCAGUCCCCAACCCCGUGGUGGAGAUGUACCAUCGCUGCGACAAACCUCCCCCGCUCAACAUCCUCAGUCCGUACAGAGAUGACAAGAGGGACGCUCUGAAGUUUUACACCGACCCCUCGUACUUUUUCAACCUGUGGAAAGAGAAGAUGCUGCAGGCCACCGAGGACAAACGCAAAGAGAAGAGACGGCAGAAGGGCUGUGCUGCCCACCCCGACAGGCCCCACUCCAGACAGGCCCCACCCAGGAGCCCCCUGUCCAUCUCUGAGCAGCAGAAGCAGGUUGAAGAUCCGGGCAGAGAGGUGAAGAAGGUGCGCAAGGCUCGUAAUCGGCGUCAGGAAUGGAACGUUUUGGCCUACGAUAAAGAGUUCAGACCGGACGCGAGGCUCACGCCCUCACCUUACCAUGGCAUGUCCUCAGAAGGCUCCCUGUCCCCAGAUAGCAGAUCAAUGGCGUCGGACUCCUACCCAGCCAGCCCCAACCACCCAUCCACCCAGACCCCCAGCGCCGCCCACCUCGCUGACCACCACGCCAGGGAUCACCUCAGCGCCACGGCACAGACUCAGUCGCUGGACCGCGGCCUCAGGCCAGCCAACCAGCCUCCCGGGCCUGGAGGGCCUGCGGCGGCGGGGAGGAACGUGGCGUCCCUGGGUCGGACCCCCUCUGGACACGGGGUCCCGGCUGGUGGAGACUCGACCGUAAACGGGCCGAGGCAGCAGUUAGUGAAGGAUUACCGGGCUGGACACGGUGGUCAACCCUCCACCAUCCCGGAGUACUACAUCCCACCGGCUCCGCCCCCGCCACCUCCGACCAUCCCCUCCGCACAGACGGCGUUUGACUCCACCACGUCUCCGCCCUCAGCUGCUGCUGCCGCCGCCGCCGCCGCUGCGUCCGCCGUUCCCCCAAACUCCGCUGCCCUCUCCCGCCCUUACUCUCCGUCUCCUCCUCCUCCCCCGGCCAACUACGUGCCGUCUCCCUCUCACCCGCCGUCAGGCGCGCCGCCCGCUGCUCCCCCGCCGCCACCGCCUGGAAUGCCCGCUGGACACCUGGUGCACUCGCCGCCUCCGCACGCUGCCAUGGGCCAGCAGGCGACUGCCGACGCGCCACCCAUGACGAGGAAGUCCACCAUGAUCGGGAUGAUCCCAAUGAGCGACGCCCGCUCCGACCUGCUGGCCGCCAUACGUAGAGGUAUCCAGCUGAGGAAGGUCCAGGAGCAGAGGGAGCAGGAGGCGAAGAGGGAGCCCGUGGGCAACGACGUGGCCACGAUCUUGUCGCGCCGCAUCGCCGUGGAGUACAGCGAGUCCGACGACGACUCCGAGCUCGACGAGAACGAGUGGUCCGACUAAAACAAAAAAAGAAAAAAGAAAAACAAAACUGGGCUGUGAAUGAUUGUGAACGCUGUGGUGAUGAUGAAUGGGUUACUUUAAUCACUGAUGCAUCGUUACAUUGACAAACAUCCUCUCUGAAUAUUAAGCACUUCAACUGACGACACUCAUUUAUUAGAGCACUCUCCCACCUCCGUCCACUCAUAUUUAACCACUCACUAAAUGCACCGAGCUCUUUCUCUGCACAGGUUUUGACUUUUAAAGUGUAGGCAGGCGA